AUGGUAGACAAUAAAUCAACGCCAGAUAACAAUGGCAAUGCAGCCCACCAAGAGUCUCCAACAUUCAAGUUGGAGCUUCACGAUGCUCUCUCACCCGACCCAGGUACAGAGGACAUGUACCACUCCGAGAACAACAAGUUCGCCUUCUCACCUGGUCAAUUGUCCAAGCUUUUCAACCCCAAGAGCUUAAAUGCUUUUUACGCGAUGGGAGGCCUUGAUGGCCUGGAGAAGGGUUUGCGCACUGACAGGAAGUCUGGGUUGAGUGUCGAUGAAGUUCGAUUGGAUGGAGAUGUUACCUUUAACGAGGUCGCGACAAAAGGUGCCUCGCCGUAUGGUCGAUUAGGCGACACGCCGCCUCGCGUUGAGAAAGAAACCGAGCAUGAUGGGUCCAAGAAGGGCAAGAAGGAGAAGAAGGACAAGGCUGCGCCUGCAAUCCCCCCGCCUGAACCCGUUAGGGAUACCGAUCCAUUUGCCGACCGAAAGAGGAUUUACCGCGAUAAUAGACUCCCCGAGAAGAAACCGAGAUCCAUCUUCGAAUUGGCCUGGAUUGCCUAUAACGACAAGGUCUUGAUUCUACUUACCAUCGCAGCUAUUGUGUCUCUCGCCCUCGGACUCUACCAAACAUUCGCGCCGCGUGAUGAAAAUGAGUCCCCCGAAGAAGAGGAGCCCAAGGUGGAAUGGGUUGAGGGUGUCGCGAUUCUCGUCGCUAUCAUUGUCGUGGUUCUUGUUUCAACGAUCAAUGACUGGCAGAUGGAACGUCAGUUCAAUAGGCUCAACCAGAAGAACAACGCGCGCACUGUCAAGGUCAUCCGCUCUGGUACGUCCGUCGAGGUCUCCGUCUUCGAUCUUAUGGUUGGAGAUGUUGUCCACUUAGAAACCGGCGAUGUUAUUCCCGUCGACGGCAUUUUCAUUGAUGGCCAUGGUAUUAAAUGCGACGAAUCUUCCGCUACCGGCGAGUCGGACCUGCUUAAAAAGGUUCCCGCCCAGGAGGUAUUCCAGGCGCUCAAGGACCUCGGUGAUAGAGAGAUCGACCGGAAGGAAAUUGAGAAGCUCGAUCCCUUCAUUAUCUCGGGUGCUCAGGUGAAUGAGGGCACUGGUACUUUCCUCGUCACUGCUGUUGGUGUUCACUCUUCUUACGGUCGCACUACCAUGUCCCUGAGGACGGAGCAGGAAGACACUCCUCUCCAGAGAAAGCUUAGCAACCUCGCUGAUGGCAUUGCCAAAUUUGGUGGCGGCGCUGCCCUUCUUCUCUUCAUCGUCCUCUUCAUCAAGUUCCUUGUCCAGCUACCCAAUAAUCACGGCUCGCCUCGACAGAAGGGUCAGGACUUCAUGGAAAUCUUUAUCGUCUCCGUUACCGUCGUCGUCGUCGCCGUGCCCGAAGGUCUCCCGCUCGCAGUCACUCUUGCUCUAGCCUUCGCAACUACUCGGAUGAUGAAAGACAACAACUUGGUGCGAAUUCUCAAGGCCUGUGAGACCAUGGGUAAUGCCACAACCAUCUGUUCCGACAAGACUGGCACCUUGACCCAGAAUAAGAUGACGGUAGUUGCAGCCACGCUUGGCCAGGCUCUCGGCUUCGGUGGCGAUAGCAAACCUCUCGCUGAUGUGUCGGAGGAUGAGAAGACAAAGGCUGUCGAGGUUGUUACCGGCUCUAUUCCUACCGUACCAAACGCCACUAAAUUCUCCGAGAGUCUUAGCACCUCCGUGAAGCAGCUCCUCGUUCAGUCAAACGCCGUCAACUCCACCGCUUUCGAAGGAGAUCAAGGUGAAGGAAAAACGUUUAUUGGAUCCAAGACCGAGGUCGCGCUCUUGACGCUCUGUCGUGACUAUCUCGGCGCCGGCCCUAUCCAGGAGGAGCGCACCAAUGCGAAUGUUGUUGACGUCAUCCCCUUCGACUCCAAGAACAAGUACAUGGCGACCGUCGUUAAGCUGAAUGGCAAGUUUAGGGUCUACGUGAAGGGUGCUUCCGAGAUUGUUCUAGGCAGAUGCAACAGGGUGCUGGACGAUGCUAGCAGCGACGAGCUCUCUACGACCGAGUUGACUGAGACCGGCACGAAAAUGUUCCAGGAAAUUAUCACCUCGUACGCGACGCAGACGCUUCGAACUAUUGGCUCGUCUUACCGAGACUUCGACUCGUGGCCGCCUCCGGAUUACGUUAAGACCGGUGAUAGUGCCGCCGACUUUAACGCGAUUCACAAGGAUAUGACGCUCGUUGCUAUUUACGGUAUUAAGGAUCCUCUCAGGGAUACCGUUAUUGACGCAAUCAAGGACUGCCAGAAGGCUGGUGUCGUGGUCCGCAUGGUAACUGGCGACAACAUUCUAACUGGUACUGCAAUUGCCCGAGAGUGCGGCAUCUACCAUCCCGAGAAGGGCGGCAUCGCAAUGGAAGGGCCCGUGUUCCGACGUCUGAGUGAGGAAGAUAGACAGCAAAAAAUCCCACACAUCCAGGUCCUUGCUCGAUCCAGCCCUGAGGAUAAGCGAAUUCUGGUCAAGACUCUUAAGAAACUAGGCGAGACGGUUGCUGUCACUGGUGACGGCACCAACGAUGCCCCCGCUCUAAAGAUGGCCGACAUUGGUUUCUCCAUGGGUAUCGCCGGUACUGAAGUGGCGAAGGAGGCUUCAGACAUCAUCCUGAUGGACGACAACUUUAGCUCCAUUGUCAAGGGUAUGAUGUGGGGCCGUGCUGUCAAUGAUUCCGUUAAGAAGUUCCUCCAGUUCCAACUCACCGUGAACGUGACCGCCGUCGUCUUGACUUUCGUUACCGCCGUGGCUAGCGCCGAGGAGGAGUCGGUUUUGAAUGCCGUCCAACUUCUCUGGGUUAACCUGAUCAUGGAUACAUUUGCCGCCUUGGCCCUUGCCACCGAUCCGCCUUCUCGAGCCGUUCUUGAUCGUCAACCGGAAAGGAAAUCUGCACGUCUCAUUACCGUACGGAUGGGCAAGAUGAUCCUUGGUCAGGCCAUCUGCCAGCUUGCCAUUGCCUUCACACUUCACUUCGGAGGUAGCACGCUUUUGGGCUACGAUAUGAGUGAUCACAACGAUAAGACUAGUCACAAGACAUUGGUGUUCAACACAUUUGUGUGGCUUCAAAUUUUCAACGAAGUCAAUAACCGCCGUCUCGAUAAUAAGCUCAACAUCUUUGAGGGAAUUCAUCGCAACUACUUCUUUGUUUUGAUGAACAUCAUUAUGGUCGCCGGACAAAUCAUUAUUAUUUUCAAGGGCGGCCAGGCAUUCCAGAUUCGUCCACUGAACGGAAAGGAAUGGGGCCUCUCCAUCGGCCUUGGUGCCAUUUCGAUUCCAUGGGGCGCUCUCAUCCGACUCUUCCCUGACGCGUGGGCCGCGGCCCUGGUGCCCAAGAUCAAGAUCAAGAUGCCCUGGUCGAAGGAGAAGAAGGCCAAGACCGGCGGACCAGAGGAUAUUGAGGCCCCCCCUGAAAAGUCCGACGCCCUGUCCUCGUCUUCAGAGGAGUUCGGUCCCCCUCCUCGAGCCAAGACGCACAGCUUUGUCCGUGGUAGACGUGGCACGGAGCCGAUUAGCGAGCGCAGCCGGGGUGGGAUUCGCGCGGCGAGCAAGAGGGCCUACUACAGAGCAGUACACAGCACAAACUAG